GUGAGGGGGCGGGAAGGGCGAGUGAGAGGGCGGGGAGAAAAAAGCGGUCUGGGGACCUUCGCCGAUCAAACCUAGUUCGGAAGAGGAGGGCUCUUGUUCGCUCAAUUGCAACCGCGCCAAUCAAAACCCACGCCUUCAGGAAGGCGGCCAAUCGGUGAUGAGAAUGCUAAUAGCAACGCAGCAGGACGACGCUAUUGCGUAUGCAGGUGAGUUAUGAUGGAUGACUUCCGAGCAAUGCCUGACGAUGAAGCCAUUGCAACUGCCGUGUCCAGCGUUUUGACGCUGUUCGAUUUCGGCGUGCAGAAUUUGAAGCCACUGCAGAUGCUAUCUCUUCGCCUCCUUGUCGGUAGACGGGACGUCUUCGCGUGCUUUCCUACGGGCUUUGGAAAGUCGCUAAUUUUUCAUCUUCUCCCGCACAUUUGUGCCCGACUAGCAGCCAAUGGCUUCCAGCAAUAUCCCGCGGAUCCUGUGGUGCUUGUGGUGACUCCAUUGAAGUCGCUGAUGAGAGAUCAGGUCGCUAUUCUAAAGCGCAAAGGGUUUGCAGCUGCCUUUGUUGGUGAGUCGGAUUCGUCAGACGCUGCUAUCAAGGUAGGGAAAUUCCCCUAUGUCUAUGGAAGCCCCGAAGUGCUUGUCGGCUCACGCGAGUGGCGAUGCGCCUUACAAGCAAAUGAGUUGAGAGAGCGGUUCGUGGCCGUGGUAGUGGACGAAGCUCACACAGUAGUUCAGUGGGGCACUGCAUGUCAGGACGUUAGUGAGGAAGAGGAACCAUUUCGCGUAUGGUGUGGCCUGGUUGGCGAGCUGAGGUCGUUGUUGGAUGUCCCGUGCUUGGCGCUAACUGCAACUGCCUCUGCAUCCACAAGGAAAGCUCUCACAUUAGCAUUAGGACUCCGCAAUGCUGUCGAAAUUGUGAAGAGUCCUGAUAGGCCAAACAUCCAUCUCUCAGUCAAAAGAGUAGCUCCCGACUUUGAGACAACUUUCGACUGGCUUCUAAGAAUGAUUCAGACGUUAGGAGUGGCCUGCCCCAGAGUACUGGUGUACUGCAGAACUCAGAAUGCCUGUGCGUCAUUGUAUUUGCACUUCAACCACACUCUUGGUAAGAGGGCUUUCUCUCCAGAGGGUGAAACUUUGGUUGAGAAUCGGCUUGUGGAAAUGUAUCACUCCAGCACCCCUGAAGCUAACAAGGAGGCAAUAUUGACAUCUCUGAGAGCUGUUGAUGGCAAGUGCAGAGUGCUAUUUGCCACAAAUGCCCUAGGCUUAGGAAUUGAUGUGAAAGGAUUGCAUACAGUUGUUCACUGGGGACCAGCCAAUACUCUGGAAAGCUAUAUGCAGGAGAUAGGUCGGUGUGGUAGAGAUGGUGGACAAAGCAGAGCCGUUUUGUAUUAUCAUGGUCAGCAGCUGCAGCACAUUGAUUUUGAAAUGCGACAAUAUUUGUUUGAUUCCGACACAUGCCGUCGGAAAUUGCUGUUGUUACCCUUUGGUGCACCCCCUGUGCAACCAGAAACUCAACACCAGUGUUGUGAUGUGUGUGCAAGAACGUGUAGCUGUGCAAAACCAUCAGAUUGUUCUGGUAUACAGGAUAUCUUUUGGAACAGUCAUCAUCAGGAGGUCAGGGAUGGUGUUCAUCAUAGAUCACAUAGACCCGUUUCACUGCCUCACAUUGCCUUAAUUCGGACAGCCCUUCUUGAGUAUAAAGAAAUGGAAGAAGAGAUAUUUACAUCAUCAGUACAGCAGCCACAAUAUUCAUCAUGUACUCAUGUUAGACCCAUUUCAGAUGAUUGCAUCCAGGAGAUUUUGUCCAACCUGACUAAUUUUAGUCAGUGGGAGGACAUUUUGAAUUUGGUACCAGAGUUGAGUGACAGUCAAUCAAAAGACAUAAUUGAUUUAAUUAACUAUGUAUUAACUUAUGAGUAGUAUAGAUGUUCCGUUGUUGAAUUAAUCAGUUUGUUCUAGUAUCUGCCAGUUUCAGCUAUAUCACCUGUAGAUAUAAAUAUAUAUAAUAUUCGCAAAUUUGUGUGUCCAUCUUGUGGAACGACGUUGCUUCAGCAUGAGUCAUCAUGGUUCAGUCAAUUCUUCUACCAC